CGGGUGCGGCGCGGGCGAGACGAGGCGAGCAGAGGCAGCAGACCAGCGGGUGGUUCGUUGGCGUUAUCUUCAAGGCCAAUCGAAUCGCACGCUCGCUCGCGUUAUCUUCCUCGACUUGUCAGUUGUCGCCGCCUCCUCCUCCCUUCCCAUUCCCAUCCGCAGUCAUCAGUCAGCAGCCGCCCCCCUCACACGCCUCCGCUCUCGCUCCGCCCACGCUUCCCUGCCGGCUCUCCGAUCUCCAGGGCUUCCGCGGCUGUGAGGCGCCGGCGAUGGCGGCUCCCGUGGUCGACGCCGAGUACCUGCGCCAGGUCGACAGGGCGCGCCGCCACCUCCGCGCCCUCAUCUCCAACAAGGGAUGCGCCCCGAUCAUGCUCCGCCUCGCAUGGCAUGAUGCUGGAACUUAUGACGUGAAGACAAAGACCGGUGGUGCAAAUGGUUCGAUUAGAUAUGAGGAAGAGUACACCCAUGGCUCAAAUGCUGGUUUAAAGAUUGCCAUCGAUCUCCUUGAGCCUAUCAAAGCAAAGAAUCCCAAGAUAACAUAUGCAGACCUUUAUCAGCUUGCUGGAGUGGUUGCAGUUGAAGUGACUGGGGGACCAACUGUUGAGUUUAUUCCUGGGAGACGUGAUUCGUCAGUGUGCCCCCGUGAAGGGCGUCUGCCAGAUGCUAAGAAAGGUGCACCACAUCUGAGGGACAUCUUUUAUCGGAUGGGCUUAUCGGACAAAGAUAUUGUAGCUCUAUCAGGGGGCCAUACUCUGGGAAGGGCUCAUCCUGACAGGUCUGGAUUCGAAGGUGCCUGGACAAAGGAGCCUCUUAAGUUUGAUAACUCAUACUUUCUUGAGCUGUUGAUUGAGGAAUCUGAGGGGCUUUUAAAGCUCCCAACUGAUAAGGCACUGUUAUCAGAUCCUGAGUUUAGGCGCUAUGUGGACCUUUAUGCAAAGGAUGAAGAUGCCUUCUUCAAGGACUACGCUGAAUCACACAAGAAACUCUCUGAGCUUGGCUUCACGCCUCGCAGCACAGCAUCAGCCAAAUCAGACCUUCCAACCGGUGCUGUACUUGCACAGAGCGCCUUUGGGGUAGCGGUUGCUGCAGCCGUAGUCAUCGCUGGCUACUUGUACGAGGCUUCCAAGAAGGCCAAGUAGAUCGCAAAGUUGUUCUUUGCUUAGCAAGUAUGAAGAUCGAAUAACAGGAUCAUAGAAAUGAGGUACUCGGACAAUGUUUCGAAAACAUAACAUCCCCUUCAUGUUUACACUGGUUUCAUGAUUUACAAUGAUAUGGAGAUGGCAUAGCCUACUAUUGGAAGUAUCUGCAUUCUGUGUAAUGAUGCAUUUGGAACUUCUGUGGAAGUUGACAGUAGGAAUUGCGUUUUGGCGCUCUCGCA